UCUCCACCUGACAUCUCCUCUGAACACAUGCACGCGGCCGAACCUCUCCACUCGUGCACACAAACGGGGCUGUAAGUGCGGGUCUCGGUACCGGGUGGAGCGUGUGUGCGCGCGCGUCUGUGUGUCCGUGUCGUGGAUCGAUCCCAGGUCUGUCUCGAGCAUCCCCGGUAGACGCACGCACGCACGCGGCGGCAUGGAGCGGUCCUGAUCCGGCUGCGUGCAUCAGGACGCCUGUUUUUCUUCAUCUGUGGAUCUGUUGGAAUAUCUGCGGCCUGAAACAUGUCUGCGCGAGACAAGGGCGUCCUGACCAAAGACAGCGUCAGCCUGCUGCCGUGCUUCUAUUUUGUGGAGAUGCCAAUACUGGUGUCGUUUGUCGUCAGUUUGUAUUUCCUGGAGUGGACCGACGUGUUCAAACCGGUCAAGUCUGGUUUUAACUGCCACGACCGGAGCCUCAGCCUGCCCUACGUCGACCCCAACCAUGAGGUCAUCCCCCUGUUGAUGCUGCUCAGCCUGGCCUUCGCUGGACCUGCCAUCACGAUCAUGAUCGGAGAGGCCAUCCUGUUCUGCUGUCUGUCCCGGAGGAAGAGCGGUGCCGGAGCCGAGGCCAACAUCAACGCCGCUGGAUGUAACUUCAACUCGUUCAUCCGCAGAGCUGUCCGCUUCGUCGGCGUCCAUGCCUUUGGUCUGUGUGCGACGGCGCUCAUCACGGACAUCCUCCAGCUGAUGACGGGCUACCCCACCCCCUACUUCCUCACUGUGUGUAAACCUAACUACACCACCCUGAACGUCAGCUGUGAGCAGAACCCCUACGUCAUGGAGGACAUCUGCUCAGGCCCCGACCCUGCAGCCAUCAACCAGGGCAGAAAAUCCUUCCCAUCGCAGCACGCCACGCUAGCAUCUUUCGCCGCUGUCUAUGUUUCGAUGUAUUUCAACAGCACGCUGACAGACUCGUCCAAACUGCUCAAACCCCUGCUGGUCUUCUCGUUCAUCAUCUGUGCCAUCAUUUGUGGUUUGACCAGGAUCAUUCAGUAUAAGAACCACGCCAUUGACGUCUACCUGGGCUUUCUGCUUGGAGGCGCCAUCGCUGUUUAUCUGGGUCUGUACGCAGUUGGAAACUUUCAGCCUAGUGAGGACGCCAGCACCAGCCCCCCCCCACAGCUCCACCGACCCCCCUGCUCUUUGCCUCACAUCAGCCAGGAGGCCGUCCUCCACCACCUGCAGAUGAAAGCCAGCAUGGCCGCAGAGCCGGGCCUUCCCACCUCCCACUCCGAAGGCCUCCUCCACCGCGGCCUGCAGCAGCAGAGACCCGAGGACACUUUGAAACGCCCCGGCGCUGACGCCGACGCCAUCUCCCCCCGUAGCCCGCAGAACAAAGACGCCUUCGCCACCUUCAGUCACACUCUUCCACGAGUCCACACCCCCCAGGCCAUGGCGGCAUACGAGGAAGCGGCCAGACGCCACGCCGCCACCCUCCACCACGCCUCCAUGGACUCCAGCCGCUCCAAGCAGCUUCUUUCUCAGUGGAAAAGCAAAAAUAAUAACCAUAAAUGUUCCCUCCAGGUGCCCGACUCCUUUUCCUCCUCUGUAGAUUCGUCCUCGGGCCAGUCCUCGCAGCACCCGCACCACCACGGGAGCAUGGAACUCCGGUCCAGCUCUGAGCCGUCAGCGAUGGGUCUGAACGGAGGCUUCGACGGUCAUGCAUACAUGUCCAAGCUGCCGACAGGUGCCAGCACCACCUUACCCAGUAACUGUAGCGGCAUCACAGGAGGGGCCCGGAUAGCCAUGCAGUCCAGACCUGGGUCCUCACAGUUAGUUCACAUACCAGAAGAAGCUCAUGAGAAUUACAACGCCGCAUCACCGAGGACAAUGGGAGGCGACACCAUAUCCACAGUAAACAGCACAGUCCAGGCGAACUGGCAAAGGGCGGCAGAGAAGAGCGCCGCCUGCAGGACUAAUGACGGCAUUCCAGUCCCACAGCCACGCAUCAUGCAGGUGAUCGCAAUGUCCAAGCAGCAGGGCCUACUCCAAACCCACUCCAAGAGCUUAGAUGAGAGCAGCAUCGGCUGCGGUACAACCGCCAGCUGUCAGACUUCCGCUCGCUUCAAAGCUCUGACCGAUCAAGAUGGCGCCAGCACCACAGGAGCCAGCUCUGUGGGCAGUAUCUGCGGGAGUACUGGAGCCAUCGUCAGAGUCGAAGCCCACCCUGAGAACAACAAGCCAGUGAUCCAACCUCCAUCCACAGACGGAAGCGGGUCGUGGAGGUGGCGGUCUCUGGAUCACGGCACUGGAGCUGGUGGUGGUGGUAGUGGGGGUACAGGGAGUGCAGGAGGCGGAAACUUGAGGCAGUCGUUUGAGCUCAAUGAUCUCAACAGAGACUCCGAAAGCUCAGACUCAGUACGUGAAGGGUCCAUCGAUCGAAAACGUGCCAAUCACAUUGUUACCACCACCGCCACCGUCAGCACCCCGCCCAUAGUUACCGUCCACACGCAGAACACCGGCCAGUACGAGCAGAGGCUCCACCCACAGGGCCUGUCCACCAUCCGGGUCACUCCAGGAGACAGCUGCACUUCUGGGUCUGGGGGGGGCGGAGUAGCAGGAGGUGCGGGCGGAGAGACCACGUCGGACACCCCGUCGGUCGCCUCCAGCCGCGAGUCGACACUACGGCGGAAGGGCAAUAAUGUCAUCCUGAUUCCAGAGAGAGCCAACAGUCCAGAUAACACACGGAAUAUUUUCUACAAGGGGACGUCGAUAACACCGACUUUCAAGGAGUAACAGACAAUUACACACAAAAAAAAAUGUAUCUUAAGCAGAUUUUCCAUAUCUCUAACAAAAGUCAGUAUUAUCAUUCGUUGUAUAUAUAUAUAUAUCAUUCUAACUUUAAAAGAAAAAGGUUUUAUUCAGCAUGACAUUUUUGUACGUGUUUACACUAAAGCACAACCUUUGACGUGUUGUAGGAAUCACUGUGUUCUUUUGUGGUCACUCCGAAGGAUACCUGUUGUAAUGUCGAUGCUCUGCCGGUGGUUUUUGGAACAGGGGAACCUUUUUUAAAACAGUUCUGUUUGUUUGGUUAUCUAU